UACAAGUAAAUUGUCUUAUUACAAGGGGCCUCUACGUGUUGGCUUCGUCCCCACGCACGCCUUCCAAGUGUCCGGUACCCGAGAAUUUAUAAGAUACAGACAUAAUAAUAAUAAUUCAGCCUAUAUACGUCCCACUGCUGAGCACAGGCCUCCUCGCAUAUGCGACAGGGCUCGGGCUAUAGUCCCCAAGCUAACCCAAUGCGGAUUGGGGACUUCACAUACACCUUUGAAUUUCUUCGCAGAUGUAUGCAGGUUUCCUCACGAUGUUUUCCUUCACCAUGUAAAUAUCAAAUGAUAUUUCGUAUCGUACAUAAGUUCCGAAAAACUCAUUGGUACGAGCCAGGAUUUGAACCCGCGACCUCCGGAUUGAAAGUCGGGUUUUAUUGGUAUACAAAAUAUAAACAUUGAUAAUUACUUAUUAAACCUAUAUAACCGCGUUGAAACAUUUUGAAUCUUGUAGUCUAAGCGUUAUAAUUUAUAUUUAACAUCUACCGCAAACUUUAAGGACAUUAUGAGAUAGAUAAUUAUAUAAAUAUGAUUAUCGCAUUUAAAUACUCGUAGUGACAUAACGUGUUAAUAUGUGCGCUUGAAUAGAUGUCUCGCGAUAUUAAGAGCAGCUUAGAGAUAUAGAAAGUUAUACAAUGGCAGAAAAGAGGUUUACUCCGUUUGUGAGACAAUGCCUGGUGACUGCAGCCAUCAGCAUCAACAUGGUCGGCUUCGGCUGCUGCACGGGUUUCCUUGGCGUCAUGCUGCCGCAGCUGCAGCAGCAGGGUUCCACCAUCACCGUCAACAAGGAGCAGGCUUCUUGGCUUGUGUCAGUCGGAUCGAUGACAUUGAUCUUCGGCACCUUCCUGGUGCCAUCAAUCAUGUCGAGCUUUGGACGAAAGGUUGCGCUGUAUGUGGUCACUGUGGUCUCGAUUCUGGCCUGGUUCGCCUACAUCCUGGCUACCAGCUAUGAGAUGUUGCUACUAGGCGCGACAGCCCACGGUUUCUCAUUUGGCAUGUUCGCACCGCUGCGCUCCAUCUACAUCGGCGAGUGCUCCAGCCCGCGCUACCGCGGCGGCAUGCUCACUACUUGCGUUGAAUCUCAAAUCUUCGGCAUUCUAUUCGUCCAUCUGACUGGGUCAUUAAUCAGCUACCAGUUAACUGCUAUCUGCUCUAUAUCAUUCCCUGUUAUAAGUCUCCUCUUAACCAUUUACUCGCCUGAAUCUCCGAGUUGGCUCGCGACGAAAGGGCAAUAUGAUAGAUGUGGAAAGAAUUUCAUAUGGUUAAGAGGAGAAGAUGAAAUACAAGAGCUGAAGAAAAUGAUACAAACAGUAAACCUUUUGCCAGAAACCAACACCAACAAAAACAAUGUUAAGGAAAUCAUAGCAGUUAUAAAGAAGAAAGAAUUCUUCCAACCUAUUCUUCUCAUGUUUGCCUUGUAUAUUAUGCUUACAUGUGCAGGAGGCCUACUGAUGGCUGUGUAUGGAGUAACGAUCUUGGAAUUACUGAUGGGUCCCGAAGUUAACGCGAAUAUCUGGAUGGUUGCUUUAGAUUGUCUGAGGGUGCUUUGUACUGGUAUCGCAGUUUUGUUGAUAAACAAAGUUAAGAGAAGGAAAAUGUUGUUUAGUGUUGGGUCUUUCUGUGUUGGAAGCCAACUGUGCAUGGGAGCUUAUGUCUUCGCCAGAAACAAGGGUUAUGUGCCCUUCAAUUCAUGGAUACCUGGUAUGUUUAAAAGCGUGCAGAUGGUGUCGGUGUCUGUCGGAAUGCAGCCUCUGCCAGGUGUUAUAGCUGGUGAAGUAUAUCCUUUGCAACACAGAGGUCUUUCAGGAAGUAUUGGAUUAAUAAUGCUGAGUAUAUCUGCAUUUGCAGUACUUAAGGGGUAUCCAAGUUUAAUAUCAGUGAUAGGUCUGGAAGGUGCCUACUUUUUGUUUUCUGGAAUUAUAGCAGCAUGUCUGGCGGUGGCGUGGGUGCUGCUUCCGGAGACGAGUGGUCGGACUCUACAGCAAGUCGAAGAUCACUUCCGGGUUCCGCUCUUAAAACCCGAAGGUGAGAGGCAACCAUUAACGCAUUCGGUGACAGUUAGCUACUUGUCCAUACACGAAUGACGAUGUGUGCAUGUGUGUGUAUGAGUAUGAAUAUGUACUGUGUGCAGCAGUCGUUUUACCUACAUGUCAACUAUAAAGGAGGGUCAAGGCAUCUUUAACAUUUUUGUAAAUCAGUGUUUUGUACUCUAACUAAAUUGUCUAAAAUAUAACAAUGUGCUUUUA